AUGGCGACUCCGGACAAGGGGCACGGGCAUCCGCUGCCCAAGUUUGGGGAGUGGGACGUGAAGAAUCCGGCCGCGUCCGAGGGCUUCACCGUCAUAUUCCAGAAAGCCCGCGACGGCAAGAAGACCACCGGCCCCGGGAACGUGCGCGCAGGCAUACCGCCGGCCUUCAGGAACGGCGGCGGCGGCGGGUACAGGCCCGACUUCAAAUACGGCGACAGCAACCAGUACACGCCGCCCAAACGCAUCAAGGAGAACGAUCGUGCCGCACCUGAAGCAAUCCAGGAUGGGAGCGCCGGGACAGACGGGAAAACAUUUCAGCCAUGCUGUUUCGCCUUGCUUUUACCAUUUUGCUCAUUUCUACCGAGGAACAGUAGUUCCAUCGGGGUUGAAACGAGUUAUCAACAUGGCUUGUACCUGAACCUGCAAAUGUUCUUGAUGAAGCCGUCGCGUCAUUUGUUUCAUGCCUCGUUAUGA